CGUCCUAAGAGUUAACGUGUUCGUGUUAUUAUGAUUAUCUGCAGCGUAAUGUUUAUAUAUGGUAGACUAUUUCUCCACGAUUCUGUAGAAAAUAUGUUUCGGAAAGUGACAGUUUGUCUGAUAUAUUUAUAAAUAUAUACAGCUAGCCUAGAUGGCUAGCUAACAAGCUAGUCAGCCAGCACUGCUGUAAAGUCAGAUUCCAAACAGGAAAGAUGAGCAACAACACAGAUUCUACAGCUACAACCACUCCUCACAUUGUAAAGGAGGAGCUACUUGCAUCUGGAAAGUGGGUGAUGCUUGAGAAAACUACUUAUGUGGAUCCCGCUGGAAACACAAGAAUUUGGGAGACUGCCAAAAGGACCACCAGACAAUCCAACACAGAGGCAGAUGGUGUGGGGGUAAUCGCCCUCCUGAAAAGAACCUUGCACAAAGACUGUGUUGUCAUGGUGAAGCAGUUCCGCCCACCUAUGGGAUGCCACACCCUGGAGUUCCCUGCAGGUCUGAUUGAUGAAGGUGAGAGUGCAGAGGCCGCUGCCCUGAGAGAACUGAAGGAGGAGACUGGAUACAAAGGGGAGGUGGUGGGGGUCACCCCAGUGACAUGUUUGGACCCUGGUCUAUCUAACUGCACCACACAGAUAAUCAUGGUAAACAUCAAUGGAGAUGAUCCGGAGAACAUCCACCCCACUCAGCAGCUGGAGUUUGUUGACGUUAUCCUCCUUCCUCUUGAUGAAUUCCAGAGGAAAGUCGAUGAGUUGAUGAAGAAAGAAAAGAUUGUGGUGGACUCUAAAGUUUACAUUUUUGGCAUGGGCAUGGCCCAGGCAUUCUUCAAGCCCAACGAACUCCCUGUGCUCAAACAGUGAGAGAGCAGAGAAAGGUGGGGGAAAAGGAGAGCCUAGGAGAGAGGAUAGAAGGAGGGGUGAUUGUGUUAGUCUGUCUAUGCAACCAGAGAAGGAGGCCAAAUAGUGGUGUAACAGUCCAGAAAAAUUCUGGUACAAAAUGUAUUGAAUGCAUCUUGUCAAGGACCAGCAUUCAGCUGUAGUUGCACCUUUGAUAUUGGUAUUAGUUAUGGAGACAUCCAAGCAAAACGUUCCAGUUUACCGUUUCUGGACAGACUAAACUUCACCUAAAAGAAACUGACUGAAAGAAUGGUACUGUUCUGAAAUAAGUGCCUUGGUAGUGAUGUUAACCUAAUAAAAAUGUUACAAAAAACGUUUGAUGUUUAUGGUGGUAGACCAAGUGACCAGUACUGAAAUGAAAAUAAUGCCAACUAAACUUACAUUUUUACUAGUGGUUUAAUUGACAAUAAUAAAUGUCUUUAUUAUUUGUA